UAGAAGAAAGUAUCAUGUAAGGCUGCUGGCAUAUAACAGUAUGGAAGAAGGUUACCAGGCAGACCAAACAGUCAGCACUCCGGGAUGUGUCUCUGUCCGUGAUCGCAUGGUGCCACCGCCACCACCUCCUCACCACCUCUAUGCCAAAGCUAACACUUCAUCUUCUAUCUACCUUCACUGGGGAAAGCCUGCCUUUACAUCUGCACAAGUGAUUAACUACACAAUCCGCUGCAACCCAGUGGGGCUACAGAAUGCUUCUCUGGUUCUCUACCUUCAAACGUCAGAGACUCACAUGUUAGUUCAAGGUCUUGAGCCGAAAACCAUGUAUGAAUUUGCAGUUCGGCUGCAUGUGGACCAGCUCUCUAGUCCCUGGAGUCCAGUAGUCUACCAUACUACCCUUCCAGAAGCACCAUCUGGCCCUCCAGUAGGAGUGAAGGUGACUUUGAUAGAGGAUGAUACUGCUUUGGUUUCCUGGAAGCCACCUGAUGGUCCUGAAACAGUUGUUACACGAUAUACUAUCCUCUAUGCAUCCAGGAAGUCUUGGAUUGCUGGGGAAUGGCAAGUGUUGCACAGAGAAGGAGCAAUGACCAUGGCUUUGCUGGAAAACCUUGUAGCAGGAAAUGUCUACUUGGUCAAAAUAGCAGCCUCCAAUGAAGUGGGAGAAGGACCUUUCUCAAAUGCGGUAGAAUUUGCUGUCCUGCCAAAGGAGACAUCAGAAUCUAAUCAGAGACCUAAACGCUUGGAUUCGGGAGAUUCUGCAAGUUAUUCUGACUACUACCAUCUGGACCAGAAAUCAAUGACUGGCAUUGUUGUUGGGGUUUGCAUAGCCUUGACCUGCAUCCUUAUCUGCAUCCUGAUCUUAAUUUAUCGCAGUAAAGCCAGGAAAUCAUCUGCUGCUAAACCGGUGCAGCAAAGCACUGACCAGCUGUCACAUACCAGCAUCUCAUUAGCCAGUGCUAAUGAGAUGGAGAAAAGUAUUGAAGGAAUUGCAGAGAAUGAAGAAUCCUUAUUGCCAAUGAUAGUGGGAAACAGCUUCAUCGAUGCUAAGGGGGGAUCUGAUCUGAUUAUUAACAGCUAUGGGCCUGUCACAAAGGCUAACUGCAAGAAAAAGUGGCUGUUCUUCCAAGAUGCUAAGAAGGUGAAGACUGAGGAGCCUCAGAGAAGAUUUGUCCAGGCAGUGUGUCUGUAUCAGCCAGGCACCACUGUGCUGAUCAGUGAGGAUGACUCCCCCAGCUCUCCUGGCCAGCAGUCUAAUUUCCAGGUGCCAUUCAGUAUUGUUGCGGAUACGGAGCAUUCAGCCAACAGUGAAGGGAGCCAUGAGACUGGUGACUCUGGAAGAUUUUCUCAUGAGUCCAAUGAUGAGAUUCACCUCUCCUCUGUGACAAGUGCCACCCCUCCAACUACCAGUCCUUUUGUAAGCAGUGACUUGGGUACAAACAUGAUGAGCCCUGCCAUAAGUAACUGCACAGAGUCUCCUCUGCCGUUCGCUACUGACCAGACUCCUACCUCACCUCCUCCGAUACACUCUGCGGCACAAAACUGACAUCCUGAGGGCCACGCCAGACAUUCUUGCAGUGUAUGUCUGUUCGAAGGACAAUGAACAGGGAGCCAAAGUUUUAUUGUGGAAAGCCUGACUAACCUAGCAGGUGAUCCUGUAUUUCUGUUGAAUGUUUUUUUUUUCUUUAAACUCAGUUUGAAUGUUCAGUGGUCAACAAAUGUGAAAGGACAGUGAAGAUUUCUGACUAAAGUUAAAAAUAUGUCACUGGAGCAAAGGGAAGGCUGUUGACCCUUUUGCUGACUAUCUACCUCAGUUUGCCGAGAGGUGAACUCUGAAUGACGACUGCUUUACCUCAUUUGUGUUCUAGUUGGUCUCAGCUAUGGAACUGAUGAUACUUCCUAGUAGUGUUGUUUUAUUUUGGGUUUCUUUUUUUGUUUGUUUUCAGUUGUGUGUAGAAUAUGUGUGUGUGUAUGUGUGUUUGUGCGCGUGUGCGCUCAGUGAUCAGGGAGUUGUAUAGGUAGGUAAACAAGAUUGUUUAGCUGAAGCUCUGUCUUUAAAAAGAGGAAGCCUCAGAGUAUAAAAUGUAAUGAUUUAAUGGGGUUGACACAGAGGAUGUUAAAAACUGGGAAAACUGGAGUUGGUGCUUCCACGUAUACAGCCACAUGAAGUCUUGUACCUCUUGAUUUCUUAUAACACCAGUAAGCCUGGGACAGUGCCUUUCCCCCAGAAACUUGUGCCGGCAACUGGUGACACAAUGUAUGCUAUAUCCUUAGGACUCUGGGACAUGUUGGAUUCCCCCUGGUGACAGAUGUUGCCCCUUUAUUGGAAGUUAAUCCUAAAAAGCAUGGCAAAAUGAACAACUAUUCAGCAUUUCCAAACAGUUUGGCUCUACCCGAGUGUCAUGGAAUAGAUAAUAUUCCAUGUAUUCUAGUAUCACAGUACUUCUUAGCAAUGGUGCCUUGCUUUAUAUAUGAUGAAAUUACUGAUUUGCCUUAUGCCUUUUUAGUAUUCAUAAAGUUGCUUUGGAGUACAGAAAGAUGCCUUAAAUGCUUCUGAGAUGUUUUAAGUAAACUGCAUCAUGAGUUUAUAGUUCGUUUUUACCUAGCUUUGAGUGCUGAUAAGCACUGCUAGCAUUGUAGUAUGUCUCAGAGCUGUUGUUAGGAUGCAACCCUGUUCCUUGCUUUCACCUAGUGUGCUGUUAGGCAGGAAUUUUAGCUCAGGGAGUGACUUUAACCACAUGCCAAUCUGAAAUUCUGAUGAGGCUACCAUGAGAAAUGAAAAAGCCAGAGCUUUAGUUGAAGAGUCUGUUGAAAGAGGUGAGUACUGCUACUGCCUUGAACCCAUACAAUUCCUGUUUUAUACUACCUCCUUUAAAAGUUAUUCUAGUGUUUUUUGGGGUUUUUGUUGUUGUUUUUUCCUGUACUCAGGGAACAGUUUGUUACUUUUGAGCUGCCUCACGGAAAUGUGGAGCAAACUGACAGGGUAUCGUGUUUUGUUUCUUAAUAGG